CUCAGAGCAUCUGCAGAGCCUUUCAGGUGAAAUUCCCUGCAACUGCYGCGAUUCCUUGGGGAAACUGCCUGGAUCUGGGAGGAAAGGAGGUGCCAUCAACCCAGGAGAGGAUGAGGGGACAGGAGAGGUCCCAAAGCCACCCUGAGCAGUGAGGAGGAGGAGGAGGAGCGGAGGAGCUGCCCUGGCAAGGCUCCCACUCCCACAUCCCUGAGCGUGAUCUGAAGCGGCAGUGAGCAGAAGCAAAGGAAUCCCUCGCUCUGGUUGGGCUCCUUGUUUACAGAAGAGUGAUGGAGAUGUUGCUCAGCACAAAAGGCAUCACCACAUGCCUGUUUUUGUUCSUAUUGAGUUUGGCAGCAGCUAUUGAAAUACCAUUAUCAGUUUCCCAGCUCCCAACCAUCACGGAGCAGUCCCACACCCAGGUUGCCUACCCCUUCGAYGAGGAUUUCACCGUCAAAUGUGAAGCCAGAGGAAACCCCCAGCCCACCUUUAACUGGACUAAGGAUGGGAAACCCUUUGAUUUAUCGUCUGACCCGAGGAUUGUUACAACAAACAACUCUGGGACCUUUGUGAUCCAAAAYCGGGGAAUCAUCAACAAUUUCCAAGGGAAAUAUCGCUGCUUUGCAUCCAACCUGCUGGGAACUGCCAUGUCAGAGGAAAUCGAGCUCAUUGUUCCAAGUGUGCCAAAAUUCCCCAAAGAAAAAAUYGAGCCCCUGGAUGUGGAGCACGGGGAUUCGGUGAUCCUGCACUGCAACCCCCCUAAAGGCAUCCCCCCUCUGCAUAUCUACUGGAUGAACAUCGAUUUGCAGCACAUCCCCCAGGACGAGAGGGUCUCCAUGAGCCUCCAGGGCGAUCUGUACUUUUCCAACGUGGAGGAGAGCGACAGCAGGAGCGACUAUUGCUGCUUCGCCGCCUUCCCGCGSCUCAGGACCAUCGUGCAGAAGAUGCCCAUGACACUCAAGGUUUCCCGCUUAAAGCAUGCUAAUGACUCAGGCUCACCUAACGCUGCUGUUUCUAAGGCAAAUUUUAUCAAGGAGAGGAAACCCAAACUGCUGAUCCCCCCUGAAUCUGCUGGCAGUAGCUCAUCAGUCACUGUCAUCAAGGGAGGUGUCCUGCUCCUCGAGUGUAUUGCUGAAGGGCUCCCAACCCCUCACCUCAGCUGGGUGAAGGUCACGGGAAACAUGCCCAAGGAGGAGCCAGAGACGGAGAAUUUYGGGAAGGUGCUGAAGAUYGASCAAGUGACGGCGGCGGACGAGGGGACGUACCAGUGCAUGGCCAGCAACCCCAUGGGCAGGGCCAGGCACGAGUUCCACGUGCACGUGGAAGGUGCUCAGCUCUAUAUUGCUCCCCUCAUUCUGACCUCAGACGGGGAGAACUACGCCACAGUCGUGGGUUACAGCGCCUUCCUGCACUGUGACAUCUUCGCCUCACCUGAAGCAGAUGUCAGAUGGACGAAGGAUGACAGCAUAGAGCCCCUCUCCACAUUCCGCUACAAAUUAAACAGYAAUGGCACGCUGGAGAUCAAGGACACGAGGAAGGAGGAUUCRGGAUCCUACGCCUGCUGGGCUGCAAACUCUGUGGGGAAAAGAGCCAUCACUGCUAAUCUGGAUAUAAGGGACGCCACAACUCUUGUUGUUACUCCGAAGAACCCCCGAGUGCUGAAAUCRCAUUCCGUUUUACUGAAAUGCCAGGCUGAGUAUGAUUCCCACUUGAAACACACUUUUAAAUUAUCCUGGAGGAAGGAUGGAGAUGAGCUGCCAGUCAACAGCACGGGAGGAGGCAGGGUCGUUGUGGACAGGGACACUCUGUUCAUAGGCAGUGUGCUCCUGGAGGAUCAGGGGGUUUAUUCGUGCGUGGCCAGCACCGCUCUGGACACGGCCACGGCCGAGGCGCAGCUCAUCGUCCUGGAUGUUCCUGAGCCACCAGAAGACCUCGAGCUCUCGGAAAACCAAAACCGGAGCGUUCGGCUCUCCUGGAAAGCUGGGGACAGCCAUAACAGCCCUGUUAAUGAGUCGAUUAUAGAGUUUGAGGAGAACCACUGGGAGCCGGGGAGGUGGCAGGAGCUCAGCAGAGUGCCRGGGAAUGACACCACGGCCGUGCUGGCGCUGGCCCCGUAUGUGAAUUACCAGUUCCGCGUGGUGUCGGUCAACGCCGUGGGCAGGAGCCAACCCAGCAAACCAUCCCUGCGCUAUGCAACCCCUCCAGCUGCUCCAGAUAAAAACCCAGAGAACAUCCGAGUCGAAGCUUCUGAACCCAAUGAAAUGGUGAUGAAAUGGGAGCCCCUGAAGCCUGUGGAGAGGAACGGGCCRGGGCUGGAGUACAAAGUCAGCUGGAGGCAGCGUGGCGUGGAGACGGACUGGAACGAGGAGCUGGUGAAGAAACACUCGCUGAGCGUGCGCAACGUUCCCACCUUCGUGCCUUACGAGAUCAAGGUGCAGGCGGUCAAUAACCUGGGGGCUGGCCCCGAGCCAAACAUCACCAUUGGAUACUCAGGAGAGGACUUUCCAGAUGCUGCCCCUUCGGGUGUGUCAGUGGAGGUUGUGAACAGCACCCUGGUCGAAGUCUUCUGGCUUGGCAUCCCGAGGGACAGAGUCCGUGGRCACUUAAGAGGCUACAAGGUCAGCUGGUGGAAAACCAAAAGCAUGCUGGAUGGAAAGAGGCAUCACCCCGAGAAACACUUCCUGACGUUUGUAGGGGACAGGAACUACGGGAUGAUUCCUGGCCUGGAGCCCUUCAGUGAAUUCCGCCUGACGGUUCUGGCUUUUAAUUCCAGAGGAGACGGCCCUGAGAGCUCCCCUGUGGUGUUUGAGACUCCAGAAGGAGUCCCUGAGCAGCCACGUUUUCUCAGGAUCCUGAACUUCGACAAGGACUCGGUCACCCUGUCCUGGGGCCUUCCCAAGAGAGCCAAYGGCCACCUGACUGGCUACAUCCUGCAGUACCAGAUAAUCAAYGCCACGCAGGAGGUGGGCGCGGUGAGCGACGUGAGCGUGGCCAACGUGUCUGUGCAGAGCUGGMGGCUGGCGGGGCUCAGCCCCAGCACCAAAUACAAAUUCUACAUCAAAGCUUGCACAGCCAAGGGCUGCGGGAAGGCGGCCACCGACGAGGGACAGACACUGGCUGAAGGCAGUAAAGGCAGCGGGAGGAUSGCAGCCGCAGUAAAGCCCACCCAAAAGUUUCAGCCCAGCGAGGCCCUCGAGGCUGGCACUGAGCACACAGUGCGCCUGGUCACUAAGAACUGGGUGGAUAACAAUAGCAUUUUUGAAGAUGUAAUUGAGACCAGGGGGAGAGCCUAUGCUGGCAUUUAYGAUGGGAUUUCCACCCAGGGCUGGUUCAUCGGGCUGAUGUGCGCCAUCGCCCUGCUCACCCUGCUGCUGCUGACCGUUUGCUUUGUCAGAAGAAAUAAAGGAGGCAAAUAUUCAGUGAAAGAAAAAGAAGAUUUGCAUCCAGAUCCCGAAGCUCAAUCAAUAAAAGAUGAAAUCUUUGGGGAAUAUAGUGACAGCGAUGAAAAGCCGCUGAAGGGCAGCCUCCAGUCACUUAACGGGGACAUUAAAGCCACGGGAAGUGCUGAUAGUCUGGUAGAUUAUGGCGAAGGGGAGCAUGGCAUGUUCAAUGAAGAUGGUUCAUUUAUUGGAGCUUACUCUGGAUCUAAGGAGAAAGGAUCAGUGGAAAGCACUGGGAGUUCUACGGCGACUUUUCCUCUCCACGCCUAAAGCAAUGGUUGGUGUGCAGUUGUGAUAUUUAUCCUGGUUAGUUCUCCACGUGUGCUCGGCAGCAGGUUGCCAAUUGAGCCAGUCAGGRAAAUCCUGACACCCAGGUAAUAAGAAAACGAGUCACUGCCACUAAAAGAUGGUUUUUGCGUCCUGAUUUCUAUGUGUUUUCUUCUAAAUAAAGCAAAAGAAUCCUUUACUCUGCACAAUGUGUUAAYCUGACCAAACCAGAGUUUCUCUGUGUUACAUCUGGAUCAUCACCUGCUGCUCCAGGUGUUUCUUAGGUUUAGAAUAUAUUUCUCUGGAGUAUUUUUUUCCCUUGUGUGGCUGUUGUCACACAUGUUAGAAUUCCCUCAUGGCCUCGGUUARAACCUCAAUAAAUCAAUUAAAUAAUUAUAUAUUUCACUAUGUAAUUAUAUAAUUAAAACCAGCAGGCUACUCUGCAAAGUGACACAACGAGGAAAACCAUCAUUUAAAAUACCAGAGAAAUAUAUUCUAUACAUUGUAUAAUUUUUCCUAAAGAAUUAAACCCCUUUGCUUAUAAUAUUAAAAAAAAAACAAACAAACUUGUUUUAGUGGUUACAGCUGACUUCAAUUUUCAACACUUCGAGACGCAGCUUUACCCGCAGCAAAGUGUGGGUGAUGCUGCUGCCCAGUAGCUGGCACUAUUUCCUUAAAAAAAAAAGUUAAGCUGCAGCUCUUUCCUGUGGCAAGGCAAAACAGGGUUCCCAUCCACCAUCACUCGCAACAUUUUGAUUUGUUUUCCCCCGGCUGCAAGCUGCCUUUCGAAGCAAACUCCUUGGUGUCUGUCUCAUAUCUGUAUAUUUGUGAGCUAGCAAACAUUUCACGGAGAUGUUGUACAUAUGAUAUUAAUAUUGAGUCCAGAGCAGCCUGGGUUUAUUUUGAACCGGGAUGUGUUGCUAGCAUGGGUCUGUAUAGMUGUGUAGGAACGGAUAGAAUUGCUUCUCAAGACAGAUUUGGACCAGCAAAAUUAGUUUUCAGCAGGAGUUGUGUGCAUAGGAAUCACCCAGAUCUCGCACUGUUCAGACAUCACCUAAACUGGACCUACCUGGCUUCCAAGAGUUCAUUUAUUUUCAAUCUAUUCACUGUUAAAUAAACAAAAGCGAAAGCUAAGAGAAAAUAUUAUGGUAGAGUUUCUUUUUAUACUUUUUUGACUGAAUGCUGGUUUAAAUCUGGUUCUUUGCCUCUCCCACACUAACUCAGCCGAGCUGUACAGCACAUUUUUUUGGUCUUUUUGUAUUGGAAUCUCCUGAAUCUCUUUAAUAGCAUUUGUAUUUCUGAAUCUGCUUGUUUGAGUAGGGUAUCAAUGUGGUUUCAUUUUUUCUGUCACUCCCAUCCCUAAUGGUUUUUAAGUAGCUCCUGCAGGAGGAAUAGAUCCUAAAAGCUUCUCUGCAUCCUGACAGCAAUCAGGCAAAUAUCCCCAAUGGCUCCUUCACAGGCUCCAUGAUUUUAAUGGAAGAAAGAAGAAGCAGGACUUACUCAUGAGGUUAUGAAUUUCCAUCGAGGGCUAAGCCCAGGGAAAUUCAGGUUUUCCCAGUGGAAAAGCUGUGGAUCACACGCGGCUCCCCUUUGGCAGUUUCUGGAAGCCUUUGGUGCUCGGUKCUUCUGCAUAUCUGUGCCUCUUUUUGGGGUUUUUAAUUGUAGUUUUUAAAGGCUUUCCAUGUAAACUCUAUUUGGGAAAAGCAAAYCCCAAACAGCCUCCCCAAAACCUCCAUUCAGGCUGUGCCUGUGAGUGGAAAAUGAUGAGUGGAAAGCUGCCCUCAAUCAAAAAUCAUCAUCCCCCAAGGCAUUCACUCUUUAUUCUUUAGAAAGUUUUAUUUUCUGUAUUUCACUCAAUCCAAAAGUUGAAAAAGUCCGAAAACCUUUUAAUUUUUUUUGGGGAAAAAAGUAAUUCUCCAACGAAGGAAGCACACAAUUAGAGCAAUGUGAAAAUUGGCAUCUCAYCAACAGAGACAUUUCCCAGCAGCGUCUUUAUCUGCUGACUCGUGUCUGCUGCAGCCCGAACCAGAUAAAAUCUAAGAACUGAUUGUGACAAUCUGGGCUGGGUUUAAUGUGUUUCCUUUAGGAGCCAUCUGCAGUGAGUGAGAAUCUUUGAAAUAGGAACAAAAUUUGGGAAUAAAAUUGUGUUGGGCUCCCCUAAAAACAAAAUUAGGGAAUUAAAUUGGGGUGGGCUCCCCUAAACCCUCCCUGUGGACUGGGGGAUGGCUCUGCCUGCACACACCCCAAAGUUUUACUGGGGUGACUGCAGAUAAAGCUGACCCCUCAUCCCAGAAAACACCUUUAUUAAACAGAAACAAAUUGCAGAGCACAUCAGUGCSUGUCAAAGGCCCCAAUAAUGGAUAUAAAUCCUGGGGCAGCACUUGCUGUGCUGUGCUCAGAGGUGUUUGUGCCAUCCCUGUGCUCAGCUGUGCAGGCAGCGCUGCUUUUUCCACUCAAAUUUUCAUUCACGCCCUUAAAUUCUUCAUGUUGGUGUUCCACGAUGCCUCAGGACCUGAAAAUCAAACAGUGAGGGAAAGAUGAGCAACAAAACCUUGAUUUUUGAGCAUAAAUUUUUGAGAAUACRCACCAUGAAUAUUAAACAAAUGGUUCAGGAUCAUCUCACUCACCUGAGCUGUUUUUUCUUCCCUGAUAAUUUCUUUUUCCCCCUCACUGGGAUUUCACUUUAUUUGGUAAAACUACCUUGGAAAGUGCAGGACAUUGAUUUUUUUUUUUUAGAGAUUUGCUUUCAAAAGUAAAUUAACAGAGCAAGCUGAGGUUUUCCUGAGGAAUUUUUUGUCACUGCAAGGAGCUGGGCUGGGUUUUUGUCUCUCUCUGACAGAUGAGGCAAAGAGUGGCCACGGAGCUCAGUAAAAGUGUCACCAACUGUUCUGCAGUUUAUAAAGCUUCCUGAGCUGGAAGGGUCAUCAAAAUAAUAAGGUCAUCAAAAUAAUAAGGUCAUCAAAAUCCAGCUCCUGGCCCUGCAUAGGACAGCCCCAAAAAUCACACCUUGUUCUGAAAUAGCUCAUUGAGUAUUAAAUCCUUUGGGUUGGUUUGUUUGGGUUUGUUCUUUCCUCUGGCAAAGAGUGUUUAUUAAAAUUUAAAAUGUAUUACAUUUAUUAAAAUUAGCUGCUGGAAAUGUGUGGUGUGCAUAAGAUUAAACAAAAUCAGCUCUUCCUGAAAAAUGAUAGGAAAAAAAAAACCCAAAAGCUCUGUCCUUUCCCCCAAGGGAGCUGUUUGGAUUCACAGGGCAGCAUAAUAUUAAUUUGGUGUGGAUUGAUUUUUCUAUAAUUAAUAUAUAAAUAUAUAUCUAAUGUAAUUAUGCAAUCAAGAACUUGUAGGAAUGGCUCCAGCUUCCUUCUCUGGYAAAAUUUGGGGGUCCAAAUCCUCCMGAAAUCCUCAUGGCUCUGCCCUCCAGUGGUAUAAAAGUAUUAUUUUAUAAUAGGGCAUCAAAUUUUGUAAUAUUAUUUUAUUUUGGGCUUCAAAGCCCUGCUGGGGCUGUAUCUUUAGCAAAAAUUGAUUUAGGGACCAAAUCAGAAAAUGCUGUUCCCCCUCUGGAAAAAAUUCURUGUUCAUGUAUAAAAAAUUUAAAAGCCUUCAUUGUAACUCACAUCUUAAAUGGAUGUAAUUAGCAGAUCAUUUAAUGAUUGAUAUUUGUUCGGUGGUGUUGAUGUUUGCACAAAUUCCAAUGAGUAGCUCUGUUCCCAGUAACUGCUUCCAUCGACUGAAUGGCUCCAACCCAGUGCAUGAGAGGUUUUUAUCAAAGCUUUCAGGCCAAUAUUAUUUUUUGAGAUGCAAACAAAUAGCAGCACAAUCUUUCUGCAUAAAAAAGGUGGGGGUUUUAAACAGCAAUUCCACAUUUUGUAAAGAAAAAAGUAGAAUAACACUCACUGCUCCUUGAGCUUGUGGCAGGAAACCUCAUCAUCACUUUUCACAGCCAUUCCUUUGCAGAUGAGAGGUGCAUUCGGGUUACUUUCCUCACCUGUAAGAACAGAUGCAAAGAAAGGAAAUUCUUCCUGGAGAAUUCCCUUUGUUUGCCAACGGAUCACGCCCUCAGCUGUGCCUGUCAGCGUUUAUGACAAAAUACAAACCGUGCUGGAGCAGCAGCACAUGUUUACAUUGCAGCUCUGGAUCUCUCGUGUCAAAUCUCAAGUGAUCUGCACUGAUUUGUUCUGUUUUCAGGCAGGAACCCCUCGGGGGGUUUGAGCCAAAGCAUUCUGUCUGUUCCUUUUUUUUAUUUUUAUUUUUUAUUAUUAUUAUUAUUAUUAUUACGGUUCUGACUUUAAACAAGAGACUUUGUAAUUUCAUGAGAAAAAGAUCAAAGCAAAAUGUGGUGUCACCAUCACAAUGUUACUUUUUGGGGAGCUAAAUGUUAGUGUGCAUUGAUUAAAGUUUAGAAAAAAACGUGUUGUACCCGUAGUUGCUGUUUGUACCACGCAGAUGUGCACGUAUGGUUUGAGAAGAUAUUUUCAUUUUACAUGAAAUACAACUUUGCUAAUAAAAGUUUGACUUGAUGUAAUCUUCAAAA